CCUCCGUCCCCGCCUCCCCUGCCUGUGCCCCUGCCUCCGCCUCUGCCCGCCCGGCCCAAUCCCUUACAACUGCCCCAGGACGGCUCUUGGGCAGCCGCUGCAAUACAGGCGGCACCGGGUUGCCCCUCUCUGCUCCAGCUAGAAAGACCUGAGUUAGACAAGCGGAAGCGGACGCCUUCCUACCUCAUGGCAACAGAAAACGGAGCAGCGGAGCUGGGAAUCCAGAGCUCACCAACAGACAAUGCACCCAAAGGUGCAGCAGGCGAAGGACCCCCAGCUACAGAGAAAGAACCUGCCCCCCCAGACCCAAAGAAAGAACCUGCCCCUCCAGACCCAAAGAAAGAGCCUGACCCCAAAAAAGAAUCUGGUCCACUCACCAUGAAGAAAGGUGCCAAAGCCCCUGCCCCAGAGAAAGGGAAAGGUGGCCUGGCCCAACCCUCAGCUAGCAGCCAGGGGCCGGAGGGAGAAGGCGCCCUGGGCAGUGUUGGGCAGCCAGCAGCCCUGCCCCAGCAGACCCAGACGGCUGAGGCCAGUGUCACGAAGCCCAGCGACAAUGAUCAUCAGGAGUCCCCCGGCAACCAGGACCCUGGAGAGGCCAAGGAGCGAAAGAAGGCAACAGAGAGCCAGGCAGCGGCCAGGAGGGGCUCCCCGGCCUUUCUACAUUGCCCCAGCUGCCCUGCUGCCAUCUCCAGCCCGGAGCAGCCGCUGGCGGAGAAGCCCCCAAAUGAGGCAUUGGAGCUCAUCUUUGAAGGGGUGCCCGUGACCCCCGGCCCCACAGACCCCGUGCCAGCCAAAGCAGAAGCAGGAGGGGAAAACAGCCCGCGCGGCAGCCAGAAGGAAGCAGGAGAGAAGGCUUCCGGCCAGGCUGGCCCGGCUGAGGUGGAAGGGGACACCUCGCGGGGGAUCGAGUUCCAGGCUGCGCCCCCGGAGAGAUCGGAGGCGGGGCAGCCCCUCUGUCUCACAGCCAGGGAGGAGGACUGCUUCCAGAUCUUAGACGAUUGCCCGCCACCCCCCGCCCCCUUCCCCCACCGCAUCGUGGAGCUGAGGACCGGGAAUGUCAACAGCCAAUUCAGCAUGAACUCCAAGGAGACACUGGGCGGCGGCAAGUUUGGAGCGGUCUGUACCUGCACAGAGAAAGCCACCGGCCUCAAGUUGGCAGCCAAGGUCAUCAAGAAGCAGACACCCAAAGACAAGGAAAUGGUGAUGCUUGAGAUCGAGGUUAUGAACCAGCUCAACCACCGCAAUCUGAUCCAGCUCUACGCAGCCAUCGAGACCCCACAUGACAUCAUCCUGUUCUUGGAGUACAUCGAGGGCGGCGAGCUCUUCGAGAGGAUCGUGGACGAGGACUACCAGCUGACCGAGGUGGACACCAUGGUGUUUGUCAGGCAGAUCUGCGACGGGAUCCUCUUCAUGCAUGAGAUGCAGGUUCUGCACCUGGACCUCAAGCCAGAGAACAUCCUGUGUGUCAACAACACCGGCCAUUUGGUGAAGAUCAUUGACUUCGGCCUGGCACGGAGGUAUAACCCCAAGGAGAAGAUGAAGGUGAAUUUUGGGACCCCAGAGUUCCUGUCUCCUGAGGUGGUGAAUUACGACCAAAUCUCCGACAAGACAGACAUGUGGAGUAUGGGGGUCAUCACCUACAUGCUGCUGAGCGGCCUCUCCCCCUUCCUGGGAGAUGAUGACACAGAGACCCUAAACAAUGUCCUAGCUGCCAACUGGUACUUUGAUGAGGAGACCUUCGAGGCUGUGUCAGAUGAGGCCAAAGACUUUGUCUCCCACCUCAUCGUCAAGGAACAGGGGGACCGCAUGAGCGCUGCCCAGUGCCUCGCCCACCCCUGGCUCAACAACCUGGCAGAGAAAGCCAAGCGCUGUAAUCGACGCCUCAAGUCCCAGAUCUUGCUUAAGAAAUACCUCAUGAAGAGACGCUGGAAGAAAAACUUCAUUGCUGUCAGCGCUGCCAAUCGCUUCAAGAAGAUCAGCAGCUCAGGGGCACUGAUGGCUCUGGGGGUCUGAGCCCCAGAAGCGGCAGAGGCCUGGAUGCAGCUCCACGGUGGCCGGGGCUGAGGCCUCACAGCCCAGAAGGCCAGGGCGGAGGGCCAGACCCCAGGGUGGGCUGGGCAGGACAAGGCUGCACCAGGCCGGGAGGCUCGGGGCUCCCCACGCCCCCACACGGUCACCGCUGCCCCGAUGAAAGCUGCCUCGGAUGUGGCCUGGAUCCAUCCUGCUAACGCCUCCCCAGACGGGCUCUGGCCCAUCGGCCACCGCCCAGAUGCCACAGGCCCGUUGCUCCUUCCCUGGCUCCCCCUUUGGAACUGUGGCCUGGUGACCCCUGCUUGGCCCCACCCGGGCACCCCUGGCCUGAGCUUGCUCUCAGCUGAAGUGGGAGGGCUGGGGUCCCAGCGUGUGGGGCUCCCCCGGUUGUGGAUGGGAGGCUCUUGGUGGGGCAGGAAGGCAACCAAGUGGAGCCCUGCGGCCAGCUGCCGGGAGACAGAGUCGGCUUUGUGAAAGAGGAUCUUCACGCCACGCCUGCCUCCCUACACCCAACAGAUAAGGCCCAGCGCACACCAUCUGGCCAGCUCCAGCUCCCACCCACCUUCCUUGCCGACCACCAACACACAGGAACUCCGAGUGAGAGAGAGGGCGCCCAGCCCAGGCCUGGCGGAGGGGGCAGGGAGCGGCCUGGGGGACACCGAAGACCACCCCCAAACUUGCCUGAGGGCCUCGCUGGCUCAACCCAGCCACUGUGGGCCCCCACCCUGCCACGUGGGCCUCAGAUGGUAGAGCCAGCAGGCCCCGGAGGAUGGAGUGCAAAGGCCGUGGGCAGCCCCCAACCUGCUCUCAGCUUGUGCCUUGUAAAUAAAUGUACAGGUCGGAUGUGG